AUGCAUUCAUUGGGAUCAACAGGAAUACGUACAUUUCAAACUGAAUAUGAUAUAACACAAGCUGAACGACGAAAUCAAAAUAUGAUGGAUCAUUUAGUGAGAGACAGUAAUGGGUUUGGAAGAGCUGAUUAUGCCUUUGGUAGAACUGCUCGUAAUGAUGCUUUCCAAACAAGUCCAUUAAUUCGUUUUGGUAAACGGUACAUGAUGGAUGAUGAACAUUCAGAAGUAAUAGCACACCUUCUACAGCAAUACCUUCAACAACAACAAUACUUUGAUCAAUCAAAUCGUUCUCCUCGUUAA